CGAAAAAACUAAGAGAGAAUCAAGGAUGGGGUUGUUAUGGAAAAAGACGAAGAAUUUAUAGUGCGUGUUUGCAGGGCUCUCUCUCUUCGAAUCCAUUCUGAAUUUACACACUAAAAGACUAAACUCCAAAGACUCUCUCUCUCUCUCAAAAACUCUGAGAAAUUCUUAGUCUUCUAGAAAUCUCUGGGCCAUUUAGCAUUGUAGACGACGAAGAGCCUUUCCACGGCGUCGUUUCGUCGUUUCAGUCUGUUACUCUCGCAAUUUUUUUUUGCUUAAAAAGCGUUUGGGGAAAACGAUUAGGGUUCCAGAAAACUUGUUCUAAGGUUUGAAAAUGUCUUCCAGUGCAGAAGAAGAUAUUAGUGAGAAGAAUUUGAAGGACUAUGAGUAUGACCAGUAUAGUGAUUUGAAGAAAGGAAGAAUUAAGGUUAAAUAUUCUAGUACAGUAUAUAGAUGCCCAUACUGCCCUGGGAAGAGGAAGCAAGACUAUUACUAUAAAGAUCUUCUUCGACAUGCUUCUAGUUUUGGUAGAUCAACGAGUAGGGGCUUAAAAGAGAAAGCAAAGCACUUAGCUUUAGAGAGGUAUAUGAAAAGGUAUCUCGAUGGGCAGGCUCAUUCAGAACCUGCCAAAAAAUCUGAAAGUACCUCUAUGCCUGAUGGUGAUAAGAAGUUUGCACGUUCUAGGAGGCCUCUUGAUGUGCCGGUUCAUUCAGAACAUUCUAAAAAAUCUGAAUCUACCCCCACGCCUGAUGGUGAUCAUCCAAGGAGGCAUCAUGAUGUUCAGGGUCAUUCAGAACCCUCCAAAAAAUCUGAACGUCACCUUUUAGCCAAUGGUGAUCAAGAGUUUGUGUAUCCUUGGAUGGGCAUUGUUGCAAACAUUCAAACUGAAUGGAAAGAAGGAAAAAAAGUUGCUGAGAGUGGCUCGAAACUCAAGGAUGAGUUUUUAAGAAAGGGGUUUAAUCCUCUGAAGGUUUUUCCCUUAUGGGGUUAUAGGGGUCACACAGGUUUUGCCAUAGUAGAGUUUAAGAAUGAUUGGGCUGGUUUCAACAAUGCUAUGUCAUUUGAGAAGAGUUUUGAAGUUGAGCAUUGUGGGAAAAGGGACUACUAUGGACACGAAAAUCCAGGAAAUAAGCUGUAUGGAUGGGUGGCCCGAAGUGAUGAUUAUAACUCAAGAGGUUUUAUUGGUGACCAUCUAAAAAAGAAUGCUGAUUUGAAAACCAUUUCUGCCAAAGAAGCAGAAGAUCAACGGAAGGCAUCAAAACUUGUCUCGAACUUGACAAAUACCCUUGUGAGCAAGAGUUUGCACCUUGAAGAGAUGAAGAACAAAUAUCUUGAGACCAAUGCAUCUCUAAACAAAUUGAUGACGGCUAAGGAUACAAUGCUUAAGAAGUUCAAUGAACAGAUAAGAAUGGUGCAGCAGAAAUCACACAAUCAUUUUGCACAGAUCUCCUUGGAGCAUCAGAAGAGUACACAGCGUUUAGAAGAACAAAUGAAAAGACUUGAGCAGCGUGAGAAGGAAUUGCAGCAACGUGAGGCUCAGAAUGAAACUGAGAGAAGGGAGCUUCAUGAUGAGAAAAAAAUGGUUGAAAGGGCUACCUUAGAGCAAAAAUAUGCUGAUGAAAAAGUGUUAAAGUUAGCAGAGGAACAAAAGAUAGAAAAGGAGAAGCUUCACAGCAAAAUUAUUGAACUGGAAAAGAAACUUGAUGCUAGACAAGCACUAGAGCUGGAGAUCGAGCGGAUGAGAGGGGCUUUACACGUGAUGAAACAUAUGGGUGAAGAUGGGGAUAUGGAGGUGAAAAAAAAUAUGGAUGCAAUUAAAGAAGAUUUGAAGGAGAAGGAAGAAGAAUUGGAACACAUGGAAGCACUUCAGCAAGCUCUUGUCAUCAAGGAGCGCAAAAGUAAUGAUGAACUACAAGAAGCUCGCAAAGAAUUAAUAUCAGGAAUGAGGGAAGUGUCAACCCGUGCUUUUAUUGGCAUCAAGAGAAUGGGAGAGCUUGACAAUAAGCCAUUUCUCACUGCAAUGAAGAGAAAAACUUCUAAUGAAGAAGCAGCUCAGAAAGCAAUAGAACUGUGUUCACAAUGGGAGGAUUAUCUUAGGGAUCCAAGCUGGCACCCCUUUAAGAUAAUCACAGAUAAAGAAGGAAAUAGUAAGGAAGAAAUCAAUGACGAAGAUGAAAAAAUGAAGAGUUUGAAGAAUGAUGGUGAUGAUGAAGUUUAUGAGGCCGUCAAAGUAGCCUUGAUGGAGAUGAAUGAAUACAACCCGAGUGGUCGGUACAUAAUACAAGAGCUAUGGAAUUUUAAAGAAGGAAGGAAGGCAACGUUGAAAGAAGGAGUCUUGCAUGUACUAAAUAAGUGGAAAUCUCUUAAACGAAAGAGACGCUGAAGGAUUUGUGGCCGAAGAGUCCUUUUAUUAAGGAAACAUGGAUGUGGUGCUUCAAGAGUUUCAACGAUUUUGUGUGCUUGGGUCAAUGGUAGGCUAUUGUUAGUGUUUUAUCUAAUGCAUAUCCGUAAUCAGAUGGAGUAUAAGAAACUUUAGAAUUUUCCUUUUGGUGAUUUAUGUUUUCUGUGUCUGAAAAGAUAGAAUGGACAGAUGAGAUCGGAUGAUGGUAGUUUUUAUUGUUUUGCAAUAGGUGUCGGAAUAUAUUAGGAUCAAGCUUCACAACCUUUAGGAUAUGUUACAUCACUACUUGAUAACUUUUCAUUUAGAAUAGAAUAAUAUCUUGAUAACUUUUCAUUUA